GGCCCAGUCUAUCACGAUACAGUAUGUUGGGAAGAAGUCGUAGCUGAGGAAUUUAUACAAUGAAGCUGUGAUGUAAGUGAAUAAUUUAAGUGGUUUUCAAUUGAUUGGACGAGUUUUAAAAUGUUAUCUGAGCCACCGAAAAAUGUCCGUAGUGCUCAAUUCUGAGUUGGCGACCGGCAUGGACGGUUUAGGCGAAGUGAUCAUCGGCAACAAGAUCUAUUCUGCCCGGUAUGCCCAACCGCCGAGAGCCGUCCUGGAACAGGAAUCUGAUGGAGGCAAAGUGAUUCAUGGCCAAGGUGGCGCCGUUUUCCCGGACGCCGCUGUUCCUGGAAGUGACGCAAUCGGGAACGGUUCUACAUCCGACGAGAAUCGUUCUUGGCUCCAUCAGAUUCGCCCAAAAGGCGCCCUCAUAACCACGGAUUUAGAUGAGCUGCCUGUCGUUGAAGAACCGGAUUACAUCAAUCUCCGCAUCCGAUCUGACUCUCAAUCCACCGAUGAAGGAGAAACGACGCCGACUAUUUUCAAAGUCUCGGCAGGUCGCAAUGCAUCCACUAGCUCGUAUGGACGCGAGGAGAAUAUUUAUGAAGAAAUCAACGAACUGCAACGGCGCCUGGCCUUGGAAAAGCAGCAGUCAGUAGCCAUGGCAACGCGAGCACAACAACAUGUACCGGCUUUCCAGCAGGCGUCUACGAGCUUGGUGGAUGAAGUAAUGGAUGAAGUGGCUCGCGUUCGCCGUGGCCACAAUAUAGUUCUCAAUCAACUGAAUCUGGACUUGGAGCAUUUUCUCAAACCGCAAACACCUGAGCCGUCGCCGCCGUUGCCGUUGCCGGAACAGCAACUGAAUCUCCCGCAAGAUUUCGAUGGUCUGGAUCAACUUGUCAAGAAUCGUUCUCAUAGCAUCGGUGAAAGUGCUUGUGAUAAAGUGUCGACAGUGUUUUCGACUCCGCCGACGGGCCGUUUGCCGCGGAAAUUUAUCUCGCACAAUCGCUCCAGCUCGUCGGUUUCGUUCACCAUGUCACAUCUAAUCGGAGCCGGUGAGCGAUCUUUAGUGCGUUGUGAGUCGCUUGACUUUACUGCCCACGAAGUUGGAGUCCAUCGUCGGCCGAGUGUUACCUCGCGCGGUUCUACUUCCACCUCGUCCUCGGUGGCAUCCAGCAAUCGAUCGGAUCCGCGUCAGAGCAUCCGCAACCUUCAUCAAGGCCUCCAGCAUGGAAUCCAAGGCCUCGCCGACUGGACGGAAAAGUGCGGGCAGAUGCUGGCCAAGCGGAGUAAGAAGGUGAUCGCCUUCGUCAAUAAAGAUCUCAUGGCUGCCACUGGACGGCAAAGUAUGCGCAUGAGAAGGCGGUCAGCUGGCGCUGGGUCGUUCGGCGGAUCGGGCCGCUGGACUCUCGAUUCCAACAAGAAAGUCGGUCGCAAAAAAGUGGACAAGUGCGAAGAAGAAACGCGGGAACACGUGGUCCUCCUACUCUAUCGACGCUCAACCUGUGAGGCCGAGCCUACCGCUGGGGAUGUUGCCGCUUCAGCUGCUGCUGCCGACUGCCUGGCCUCUUCACCAACUCUCGGUCUGCCUUCGACAAAUGGAAGCGAUGUGGUCGACUCGGAGAACAGGAUUUAUGAAGAUAUCGAUCAACAUUCUACCGGCAGCAAUUCUAUGGCCGGUCUGGAAACGUCGCCUGAUAGUUUGGCCGUCUCACCGGCCAAUGCCGCCGCCACCGAUUCCGGUUUCUCGUCCGGCCAGACAAACGGACGCCACAAUCACCAUCAAGUCCCAUGUAGCUCGGACGACAGUUGGGGAUCUGGCGAGUUUGAAACGUUUUCCUCGGACGAGGCCGUCGACGACGAUGACGACGAAGAUGCCGAAAAAAUCAAUUCGCCAACGAGAUCUGGCACUCUGCGAGCCCUGCUGACUGGCAAAUCUAUCCGAGACAAAUUGCGCGGAACGCGUAGUCGCAGUCGCGAAGAAGAUAAAUCGAGUUGUGCUGCUGCUAUGGAGACGCCGACUGCUGGACGUGGUGUCACCUCGCCGCCGUCUGGAGAGCGUCGUUUUUCCCGUCUCUUUUCGCUGAGACGCUCCUCCGCCAGCCUCCCGUCUCCCAGUGCUCACAAUAGCAGCAGCGAUAACUCAUUCAUUUCGGCUGGUUCCACUCCGUCAUCCAGCGGCAAUCCGGCGGCAGAGUCGAUGGCAAAAACCUCCAGCCCGUUCGGCCGACCGCUGCCAUUACCUCAAUUGCUGGAAGAGGACGAGAUUAUGGCCGGAUUGGGUUUGGGCAACGGGAGUUCGACUUUGGGUUCCCUGUUUAUGCGACGUCAUCAGCCUCCAACGUUGCCGCCUAUCCCCCCGCAGCUGAGCGCGGAGCAACUCAAACGGCGCUACAUUGUCGCCACCAUUAUACACAGCGAAAAUUCUUACGUGUCCUCCCUUCAACGCCUUGUUAACGAAUAUAAGAAGCCGUUGGAAGAGAGCAAUCCACCUAUUCUUGGUUCGAACAAGAUAUCGACGCUGUUCCACCGCUUACCGGAGAUCCUCCACUGCCAUACGUUAUUUCGGCUGGCCCUGUCCGAGUGCGCUCGAACGUGGGACACAGAAGAAAAGAUUGGCGAUGUCUUUGUGGCCAACUUUUCCAAAGCUGUGGUUUUGGACAUUUACAGCGAUUUCAUCAAUAAUUUCUCACAGUCGCUGGAGGUAGCCAAACAAGAGUCAAAACGCAAAUCCGCCCUAGCUGAUUUUCUCAAGGUCAAACAAAUAUCCUCUCACGACCGGUUGUCGUUCUUCGGUCUCAUGGUCAAGCCAGUUCAAAGAUUCCCUCAAUUCAUCCUCUUGCUUCAGGAUUUACUGAAGCACACUCCGCAAGGCCACCAGGACCGAAUGUCGUUGCAGUUAGCCCUAACGCAACUGGAAAGUUUGGCCGAGUUGCUCAACGAACGAAAGCGGGAAACGGAGCAGUACCAGGCUUUCCGUGACACGCUGCGCCACGUUUCGGGCAAAUUUUCACUUCGCCCGCUGGCCGAUAACAACCGAUACCUCCUCCGUCAGGAUAAUAUGAAUCUCGUGGAAUUCAACCAAAGUGGGAUGAUUUCCAAAACAAAAGAGCGACGCUUGUUGUUGCUCAACGACCUACUCGUCUGCGUCACCGUUGCCUCUAAAUCGGGAGAUGAUUAUCGAAACUCAUCCGAGAGACUAACGCUCAAAUGGGCGUUCCCAAUCACCGAUGUGGAGGUGGAAGAUACGAGUACAUCACCCACACUCAGUCGAUUGCUCUCCUCCGGCUCUAACAUGCGAUCCUCAGAAGCCAUUAGCGGCGUUGAUAAUCUGUGCCAAGAAAUGAACCAGCUGAUGCAUGAUUAUGAAGUGAUUACGCGCAUCGAUUCACUGAUUGUUACCCUUCACGGUCAAUACGAGACUUUGGAUAGGAUUGCAACGCGAGCCGCUUUGAAUCGCAUCCAGCAGCAGCUUCAGCAAAAGGAUGAAGAGAUGGCAUGGAUCGAUUCGUGCUGUCUACAGCUGUUGGUUCGCAAUCGUUCCGGGAAGGAGGAAAAGUUCACGUUUCAAACCGAAUCGCCCGACAUUAGAAAAGAUUGGGUCAUAGAACUACGCCUGGCGCAGUUGGCCUUAGACCCCAAAAACUCACCCUCGUGGGAUGUACUUGAGCAAGAGAGGCGGCCUUCGACAAAGAUGCCUUUGUUUGUCAAAUCUCUGCCUGUCUACAGAUCGCACCAUGAAACUGAAGUGCGUUGCGGGUGUUUCUACACGAUUCUGGUGAGAAAAUCAGGGCCUAGUGUCCGCUGCCUGGGACCUCGCCUCCAAAAUUACCUUUGGGUAGUAACUAGCGAUGGUAUCAGUAGCCACGUUACUCUGUUGACCAGCCAACAGCCGGUCGGGCCGUCCUUGAAAGAAGCCGGUGCCUUCAGUUUAGUAGAGGUCAAAGUUACAUCGGUCGAGUUCUCGCCGGGAACGCAAAUCCUCUACGAUAACGAGUCGACGGAUCAAAUUCGAGGCGAUUUGGUUUGGCUGGGAACAGAAAGUCGAAGAAUUUUACUUUAUUCGGCUCACGAGCCGAGCAAAACGGGGCAGGUGGGUUCGCUCAAUCUUCCGGCGCCCGUCGUUCAACUGCGUUAUCACUGGGACCAAAUGUUUGUGGCUCUGGCCAACGGAAUUGUGGCCAUAUUUAAGCGCAACAGUAUCGAGGGUGGCUGGGAGCUGAACGCUCCCGCUACGCUCGUUUCCAUGGGAGAUGAACCGGUUGUGUCACUGCUGCCCAUCGGUUCCGCCCUUUACGCCGCUUGCGGUCGAAGUGUAUUCGUUCUCGACGGAAUCACCGGCGAAAUUCUGCGCAAUUUCAGUGUGCAACAAGACCACAGUGGAACCAUCAGUGCCAUGGCCCACUCGGGUGUCGGUUUAUGGAUAUCCCUGCGUCACAGCAGCACCAUCUGUUUGUAUCACACGGAAACUUUUCGUCAUCUGCAAGACAUUAACGUGGCGUCGAAUGUCAAUCGCCUAACAGGGAAAAAGCUUUCGUGCAAUGUCCACGUCACCGCCCUAAUGGCCUCAAAAGGCCUUUUGUGGGUAGGGACCAAUGUGGGUAUCGCACUUAGUAUCCCUCUACCUCGGCUCGAAGGUGUGCCCAUCAUUAGUGGUAGGGCCAACGUAUCUCACCACGCCCACAGCGGGCCGAUCACCGUUUUCCUGACGAUGCAAAUGCAAAGUAAACCCACCAUGUCGCCUGCCUAUCCUUCCGUUUCGAUUCCGCAACCGGUUUCACUGCCAUCUAGUCUGCCGCCCAGCGGAACCAUCCAAGAAGAAAGUGAGAACGAGUCGACGUCGCCGCGCAGUAAGCCCGUGGCCAGCAUCAACCAGCUGGCCAGUCAUUUCAACACGGUGCCUAAAGUUCGCUCGCCACUGCUCGACAGUCCCUUGGUAUUGAGGCGUCGAAGCAAAGAAUCUUCUCCCUUGCUGGGCAAGCGGGUGUCGAGGACGUUGCCGAGAGGUCACGUUUUGUCCGCCACCGAGUGUGAUAUUUUCGGUCUUUACGGCGAACUUAUGAACAUUAAGGACUACGAGGAAGCCGAUGGAAGUGGGUUGAUGGGUGGCGGAGGCGGGGCUGGGGCCGGCGCGGUCAACAGUAUGUACGAAACGCUUCGGCGGAGUGAUCCCGACCUAGCUGCUAUUCCUGCCAAAGUCAGCACGCUGGACCGGCGGUUACACAUGAAAGCGGCUCGACCGCGCUCGCUGGAUCUGUCCAAUUGGUCGGUGGACUCGCGCUCGUCCCUCUACACGACGUCUUCGGGUUCGGAGGAUUCUGCCAGCCACACGAUGACGCCCAGUGCCACGAUGUCUACGAUGAGCAGCGGUCAGACGGCGACGCUGAAGCGCUGCCACCAACGCAAUUCAGACACGUUGAAAUCAUCUGUGGAAAAUCCCCGAACGGUGCUGACUCUUUCCGGUGGCCGUGGAUAUAUUUACACACACCAGAGAUGUCAACACGAAGGCGAACGGAAAAACUCGGUUCCUAGUCCAGCCAACAUCAACGAUGCCCAUAUCAUUUUAUGGGAAAUGAAAUUGUGAAAGUCUAAUCUUUCUCACUGAAAUAUUGACAAAUUGCAGCUGAAUGGCAGUUCUAAAAAAAAUAUGUUCCUUUGUUUAUUCCUUUGUGUGUGUGUGUGUGUAUUUUUCGUUUUGUUUCCCAUUUGGAGCUAUCGCGUAUUACGUUAUUUUUUUCCAGUUUCAAAAAGUACUGUGUCCGGAUGUACUCGAAUUUUUUUAUUUGUUUAGUUACUCUCAGAGUUGAAGUGGUUCGACACAUGCGCAGAAGAAGACUAUGCUUUCAUUUCUACGUUCCAUUGUCUUUUGUAUUCCCUUGUAUAUCAUCAUCUAUGUUGGCCCAUUGUAUUCUGUAUUCUUCCGCAAAGCGCCUUGGUCACAAAACACAAGAUUGGAAACAAAACGGAAAUAUAUAUAUAUUUUUUCUUGUUUCGUUUUUCUGUAUAAAUAAAUUCCAGUCCAAAUCGAGGAUUAAUUACCUGUA